AUGGAGACACUACAAAUUCUCAUAUACCUCCCACUAAUAUAUGCCCUCUACAUCUUCACAAACCACCUCCUCCACAAGCUCCAAAACCUCCCCCCUUCCCCACUCCUCUCCUUCCCCCUCCUCGGCCACCUCCCCCUCCUCGAAAAGCCCUUGUACCGCUCCCUCGCCGCCCUCUCAGCCCGCCACGGCCCCGUCCUCCUUCUCCACUUCGGCUCCCGCCACGUCCUCGUCGUCUCCACCCCCUCCGCCGCCGAGGAAUGCCUCUCCAAAAACGACAUCACCUUCGCUAACCGCCCCCGCAUCCUUGCCGGAAAACACAUCGGCUACGACUACACCUCCCUCGCCUGGACCUCCUACAGCCAGCACUACCGAAACCUCCGCAAGAUCUGUACCACUGAAGUCCUGUCCGCUCAGCGGCUGCAGACGCUUCAGUGGAUCAGGGCGGACGAGGUCCGGACCACGGUCCGGGCCUUGGUCCGAGGAGGCUCGGGCGAGCGGAGGCUGGUGGACAUGAAGACGGUGUUUUUCGAGCUGACGAUGAACGUGAUGAUGAGGAUGAUCGCGGGGAAGAGGUAUUAUGGAGCGGAGGUGGAGGACGAGGAGGAGGCGCGGCGGUUUAGGGAGAUCACGACGGAGACGAUGCAUCUGGCGACGUCGCAAUUGGGGGAUUUUGUGCCGGUGGCGAGUUGGCUGGGGAUUGGAGGGGUAGAGAAGGCGAUGGUGGAGUUGAAGGAGAGGAGUAAGGUUUUUAUGCAGGAGCUGGUGGAGGAGAGGAAGAGGAAUUGCGGUGGCGGCAGAGAUGGGGAGGAAAGGAGGAUGAAGACGAUGAUUGAAAUGCUGCUGGCGUUGCAGGAGAAGGAGCCUGAGUAUUAUACAGAUGAUAUUAUAAGAACACUUAUGCUGGUGAUGCUAGUCGCCGGCACCGACACAUCAGCCGGAACGACGGAAUGGGCCCUCUCUCUCCUCCUCAACAACCCCGACGCCCUCCGCAAAGCCCAAGCCGAGAUCGACGCCCGCGUCGGCCACGGCCGCCUGCUCGACGAAUCGGACAUCGCGGACCUCCCGUACCUCCGGUGCGUCAUCAACGAGACGCUCCGGAUGUUCCCGCCCGGCCCGCUGCUGAUCCCCCACGAGUCCUCCCAGGAGUGCGUCGUGGGAGGGUACCGCGUGCCGGCCGAAACGAUACUGCUGGUCAACGUGUGGGCCCUGCACAACGACCCCAAGAGCUGGGUCGAACCCCGCGAAUUCAGGCCGGAGCGCUUCGAGAAGCUAGACGGCUAUCGAGACGGAUUCAAGCUGAUUCCGUUUGGCGCGGGGAGGCGAGGGUGCCCGGGCGAGGGGCUCGCCGUGCGGAUAGUGGCGUUCGCGCUGGGCGCGCUUCUCCAGUGCUUUGAUUGGGAGAGGCCCGGGGAGGAGUUGAUCGAUAUGACCGAGGGCCCCGGGUUGACCAUGCCGAGGGAGAACCCGCUGAUGGCGUAUUAUAGGGCCCGCCCCGUAGCGGCCGGGCUUCUGGCUUGUAUAUGAGUGGGGAAAAGGGUUGUUGGAGUA